AUGAUGAUCGAAACAUUAAUUUCUAUGGCGCGUUAUUUAUCAGCGCAUAAAGACGAUGAUUUUGCCGACAGAAUGAAUUAUUUAUAUACUCCAAAUAUGUUGUUAGCCUUUUCUGUUUUAAUUUCUUUUAAACAAUUUGGGGGAAGACCGUUGGAGUGUAUGUUUCCAAAUAAAUUUCCUGGAAGUUGGGAACAGUAUGCAGAAAAUUUUUGUUGGUCAGAAGAUACCUAUUAUUUACCUCCAGAAGUACAUGUUGCACAAAUUAAAGAAUCUGAAAGAUAUUCUGAAGAAAGAAAACUUUCCUAUUAUCAAUGGGUUCCCUUCUUUUUACUUUUACAAGCUGCUUGUUUUAGAUUACCCAGUAUUUUAUGGAAGGCUGCAAGUCUUAGUUCAGGUGUCCGUGUUCACGAUAUCGUAGUUAAAGCUCUAGAUUCACAAAAUAUGGAAGAUGAAUGCCGUCACAGAACAAUAAUUAUGUUAGCCAAUCAUUUGGCUAGAGCUUUGCGUUUUCAAAACCAAAUAUUAAAUAGGCAUCUAUUUAUACACAAAACUAUGCGUUUUCUCAACAUAACAUAUUCUGCCUGUUUAAUUUCAUUUAUUUACCUCUUCACAAAAUUUUUAUAUCUUGUCAAUAUUUUUGCUCAACUUUAUUUAAUGAAUAAAUUUUUAGAGACAGACAGAUAUCAAUGGUAUGGAAUUAGUGUAAUACAAGAUUUAAUGCGAGGAAUUCCAUGGCAGGCUUCUGGAUAUUUCCCUCGUGUUUCUCUUUGCGAUUUUACUGUUUUGUUUUUUUUAAUCUUAAAAUUAUUUAAUUAUAAAGAAAUAAAUUUCUGUCAUACUCUCCUAUUUUAUAAGUGA